AUGGCGGCAGUCGUGGCCAAAAGCGCGUCUCCUGACAUUGGAGACACCGAUGGUGGUGUCCGGCUCAACUUCUUGGAAUACAUCCAGCAGAAUGCUGCGGCCGCUGAUGCCAACGCAGCCAACUCCAAGAAGGUGGUCUUUACUUCCAUGAAGACCACCAACAGACCCCUCGACCCAACCACAUCCCCCUUUGACCCUAAGCUUGGAGAGGGAAAUUUUGAUGUUCGCCAUCCCGUUGGCAAGCUCCCGGGCUCGCAGUCAGUCCCAAACAUUCUUGGAAGCCUCCAUAAUCAGCACAGUUCCUCGCUGGCCCAGACUGCAGCUUUUGAUGCCCAGUCAACCUAUGAGGACUCCAACAGCCUGUUCUCUACGGCAAGCCAGCAGGCAGCGGCUCCGGCUACUUACAAUGUUGCAGACGGCCCUCUUUACACUCCACAUACCCAGGCCGGGAUCUCGGCCUCGUACCAGCAGACUCAGCUCCAACAGCAGCUACAGCAGAAUCAUGGUCCAAUGGCUAACCAAACAUAUAGCCCGGGACAAUACGACAAGUCUGGCAUGCCGCAGAUGAGCGUGGUUCCCGUCAAUCAACAACUGGUACAGCCACAGAUGGCACUUCGUCCGACUAUCGAUCAUAUCCCUGAGCAUGUUCGAUCUCAGCGCUCGCAAGCCUUGAACAAGCUGACCUCUGGUCCGACCGGUCGGCCUUCAGCCGUCGAGGCACUCGACAGCAACAACUUUCCAUUUGUCGAGACUGCCCGUGUUCUUGCACCCGAUGCUUGCACCAAUGGCGUGGUGAAGCUCAAGAACAUCCCUUUUGCCACUCGCCGAGUAGAGAUCAUCGCAUUUCUAGGACGCAACUCCAAGAUUCUCAAUGAUAACCUCGAGCCCGUACAUAUCAUCAUGGAGCGCGUUACUAGCAAAACCAUGGAUGCAUAUGUCGAGUUCGUCACUCUUCAAGAUGCCAUCAAGGCCGUCGACAAGCAUCAGGCCACCAUCACGCGUGGCCGUCUCAGUCGCUUGGGAGACCGCCCCAUCGAAGUUGAGUUGUCGUCACAGGGCGCUCUCAUGAAGGAUUUGUUUCCAUCUGCCAAAGGCGUCUUUUGGGAGGGCAUCCGACCCACCAUCAAGCCGUUCAAACCCAAUGAGCCCUGGGAGAACUUUAAAGGCUUCAUCAACGACGAGGAGAUGACCAUGCUGGUGAAGCAUGUCGAGGUCCCGCAGCGUUCUCCCUUCUCCCGCGACUGCCCGCAGCGCCCCUACGAGUGCAUGAUCAGCACGAUACGAAAGCUCCCCUGGCCCAUGACAGAGCUGAUCACUCUGCGCCAGCGUCACGCCAUCUACAACGCCUGCUUCUCGCUCAUUCGGCUGCUGAGCUCUGCCAUCGCCAACGGCCGCCACGAGGAGAUACUCAACGAACCGCUGCGCAAGCGUCUCGUUCACGCCGCCAUGACCUGCCCGGGCUUCACCGUGGUGCAAAGGGACAAUAUUGCCACCCUCGUCGACAUGUCCGAGGCCAGGAGGCUCGAGUACGGCCUGCCGCGCUUCGCCGGCUCGUGGCUUCACCUGUAUGCGCUGUCGCCCAAGGCCAACUUUCCACUCGACAUGAUUGAGUACUACAUCGCCAUCAUCCGCGAAGAGACGACCCGCCUCGUAAACUCCCUCCCGCUCAAGGAGCGCACCCUGGUCACGAGCUACGGUCAUGACACGGAUCUCUAUUUUGGCUACCUCUGGUGGGAGCUGCAGCUGCCGCGCGACGACCGCUUCGACAGCAUGACGUUGGCCGAGGCUGCCGCGCUCGAGUAUGCUGUCAUGGAGAGGAUAAUCUGCCGCGCUUUCGGCAACGGCGCCUCCAACACUGCUGCUGCCGCCGCCAUCACUUACUAA